GAGAAGAACCCAUUCUAUGAGUUAGUAGUCAUUUGUAGUACUUCUGGUCAAUUUGACCAAACCGUCAAUUCGUUCAAAGAUAUUAUAAAGAAGUCUAAGUUAGUAUGUAUAAAAGACUCUGAGUUGUUAGAUUGGAUAAAGAAGUACCAAAGAAGAGUUUUGAAGUACAAUGCUAUAAAUGAGUAUGUCAAUUCGAAGUUUAAAGACCCAAAUGAGGAAAUGCAGAGAAUAUUAGAGAAGAAACACUUCAGAAACAAACAGAAAGAGAUAGAAUACAUUUCGAAGAAAUUGCAAUCUUACGAUUGGAAGACUUACCCUCAUAGAUGUCUUCUUAUCUUAGAUGACUUUGCUUCUCAUCCUUUGUUAAAGAACAGAGAACAAGAUAUGUGUCGAAUUCUUAAGAAGCUCAGACACUUUAACAUCUCAGUCGUAAUAUGUGUACAGACAGCAAAGAGUUUAAGUAAGGAUGUUAAAAGAAUACUUACUGAUAUCAUACUUUUCCCUGGAUUGUCCGAAGACGAUUUCAUGGAACUUAUGAAAGAGUCCAUGGCAGGUAAGUUUGACAGACAUGAACUAUGGGAGAAGUACAAAGUCAUACAAGACCCUCAUACUUCUUUCAGAAUUCAUAUCUACGCAAACAAAGUUCAAAUUGUAAAAAGUCAAGCUUGA